UUAGGCUGAAAAUACUCUUAACUAUUUAUUUAUUUUUUUUUUACCAUUGAAAACAUUCAGAGACGUCUAUUUCUGCAAUUUUGAUGCUGGGGGAGUAAGUGAGAAAAUACAGAAUACUGGUCAAUUUUUACAAUAGUAUGGAAUUAGGUGGGAAACAUAAAACUUUCAAGUUACUCCUUAUUAAUUCUAGUUAUUUAGCUAGCAGCUUCUCUCUUCACUUCCUUGUGAGCUGGUGUGUGCCUUCCUCUACUCACAGGUAGUUCUGCUGGGGAUAUGGAGAGCAGAAACCUAUCAGCAGUGACUGAAUUCAUCUUCAUUGGCUUUCCCCUGACCCAGGAUGGUAGUCUCCUGUACUUCUUUCCUUUGCUUUUCAUCUAUACAUUUAUUGUCAUUGGGAAUCUAUUGAUCUUCUUUGCUGUAAGGCUGGACACCCGUCUCCACAAUCCCAUGUAUAAUUUCAUCAGUAUCUUUUCCUUUUUGGAGAUCUGGUACACCACAGCCACCAUUCCCAAGAUGCUCUCCAAUCUCAUCAGUGAAAAGAAGACCAUCUCUAUUACUGGCUGCCUCUUGCAGAUGUAUUUCUUCCAUUCGCUUGGGAAUUCUGAGGGGAUCUUGCUAAUCACCAUGGCCGUUGACAGGUAUGUUGCGAUCUGCAACCCUCUUCGCUAUCAAAUGAUCAUGACCCCCCGUCUAUGUGCUCAGCUCUCUGCAGGCUCCUGCAUCUUUGGCUUCCUCAUCCUGCUUCCUGAGAUCGUGAUGAUUUCCACACUGCCUUUCUGUGGUCCCAACCAAAUCCAUCAAAUCUUUUGUGACUUGGUCCCAGUGCUGAGUCUGGCCUGCACAGAUACAUCCAUGAUUCUGAUCGAGGAUGUGAUCCACGCUGUGGCCAUUAUCCUUACUGUCCUAAUCAUUGCCCUGUCCUAUAUUAGAAUCGUCACUGUGAUCUUUAGGAUUCCUUCUGCUGAGGGUCGGAAGAAGGCUUUUUCUACCUGUGUAGGCCACUUCACAGUUUUUCUGAUAUUUUUUGGCAGCGUGUCCCUCAUGUACUUGCGUUUCAAUGCCACUUACCCACCAGUUUUGGACACAGCCAUUGCACUGAUGUUUACUGUCCUUGCCCCAUUCUUCAAUCCCAUCAUCUAUAGUCUGAGAAACAAGGACAUGAAGAAUGCAAUUAGAAAACUCUUCUGUUUUCAAAAAGUGUUGAACACAUCUGGAGUUUAAUUCUGAGCCGUAGAUCCCCUUUCACUGUUUUGAUGUUUCACUAAAAGAUUAAAACAUGAAAUUACUCCACACCUAGUUCUUUGUCACACUGAGCUUUCUGUCUGUCAUCCUGAUUAUUUUCCUGUUAUUAGGAAAAUGUGUUUAUACACUGUGUCAUCAAGAACAUUAUUAUGGGGGUUAAAGUUUUCUUUUCUCUUCUGAAAAGUUGUAAGUAAAGGAAAAAAUUCUCACCAUUUAAGAGGGUUAGCAUUGCACUUCAGAAGCUGGCUAUGUGCUUCAAAGUAUUAUGUUUUUACUCAGGUAAUAGAUCUUGGGAAUAUUUUCUAUUUAAUUAUGGAUCAUAGAUAACCUGAUUAGGUUUGCCCAGAAAACAUAUAAUAAAGAGCAAGAGUCAUACUUAUGGAAGUAAAUUAUACUUAUAAUUACAAUUAUAUAAUUAACUCUUCAUUAUAAUAAUAAGCAUAUAUAUUUAGUAAGACUAAAGUAUCAAUAUUGCCAGACAUUUUCAUAAGAAAACUAGAAUGUAGAAUACUAUUUACAAAUAUGCACAGAUAUGAAUUUUAUUUACUGCUUGC